CAUUGUGACUUCAUUAACAGUUCAACGGUUGAGGUAAAAGUUAGUUAUUUAGUGAGCUUAGAAGUGCAUUCGGAAUUAAUUCAUCAUGUUUUUGAAAAUUUGCUUAGUUUUUACAUUCUUGAGCGUAUUAAAUGCGGCGGAAAUACCUGUAGGAAACACAACCGUUAAUAUACAAGAAAUAUUUCAAAAAAACUGUCAGAAUGAAUUAAAAGCGUAUAUCGAUAACGUUCAAAAAGAUUUUAACGGUACUCAGUCGACAGAUCAAACGUUUAAUGUUUCUAGUGUUGAGUGUCUCAUGUUCUGUGGCUAUAAAAGAGUAGGAAUACUGGAUAACGAUGGUAAUAUAGUAAUGGAUUACUUGAAGAUUUUAGAUCCCAAGGCAGAUUCGACUUUUGAACCGAUGAUUUCCAAGUGUGCUUCGACUGAAAAAACUGCAAAUGUUUGCAAGAAAGCUUUGAAGAAUGUGAAAUGCGUUUUUUCAGAGGUUAGUUGGACUGCUAUAGGCAUUAUUAAUUUUAAAUUAUUACAAGCAUACGCAGGCGUUUGAAAUUCUCAUCGCAUUUUGGAAAUGUGAAAAAUCAUCUUCAACAUAUGGUCCAAAUGUUUUCGAUGAAACCUUGUAAAUUAUAAGAGUAUGUUGCAUAAUGUCUUUUUAAGAUUUUAAAUAGCACAUUCGAGAAAAGUAAUUCGCACGUAUAAUUUAUCUAGACUCUACAUCUUUAUAAUCAUAAUUGGCAUAAUUACAAUUAAGAGUGUGAAUUGAUUAAAUGCCAACUAAUUGAGUUAUAAUCUGAAAUCCUUAAUACUUUUUUAAAAUAUAAAUACUUAUCUACCUAAUAAAUAUUCUGACAAUUUAUUUUACAGAGUCUUGAAAUGACUAAACAAAUAAAGAAUGGUACUAAUUCUAACCCUUGAACGUUGGCACUUGGGUAUGUUAAAUUUUAAUUUCAUCGUACGAAUAUCAAAUCGUCAUUUCAUACAAUUUCAGACUCGAUCAUCUUCAUUGGCUGUAUAAUUUUAGAAAAUGGGUAUUUUAAUGGCUUCAUUAUUUUUCUUUGAACUUUUGAAAUAUUUUUCAACAUUGGCCUGGUUAUAAUUUUUCAAAUGUAAGUCAUUUCACUUUGUAAUUUUUGUGUAUAGUGUAAUUGUUCAUUUUUAAUAAUAAUAAAUAAACAUAAUUAUUUUUAAA